UGCAGCUUAUAUACCACCUCUGCAUAAGUGUUGGAGGAAUCUCACAGGUAGAAGUGUAUGUCUGUCUGCAUGUUAGGCUGUUAGCAAUGGAGAUGGGAAGAUCGAUAUGGCUUACGGUGCUGAUCCCUGCGAUCAUGGUGUCCUCCUUGUACGGCGAGGCUGCCGCGACCGACGGAGAGACGGCAACGGCGGGAGGGCCGCCGCCAGAGACGAACGUGUUGUGCGUCAGCAAGUGCGGGACGUGCCCGACGGUAUGUUCGUCGCCGUCGCCGCCACCACCGUCGUCACCGAACAGUGACGGCAGCGGCUACUCCUCGCCGUCGCCUCCGCGCUCCACGACGCCGCCAUCUCCACCGGCCGGGCAGCAGUCGCAGGCGAAGGGAAGGAAUCCCAGCGGUUACUACUACUUCCUCACCGCCGGGAGCGGCCGGAGCUGCGCCGCGUCGAGCGUUCGCUACACGCAGCUGCUGCUCCUGGCGGUUCUUCCCUUCCUCGUCGCUGUUUAACUUGUUCGGUUGGGCGGCAGCGAGCCCCCCGCGGCAACUCGAUGGGCUCCAACCUGUCCGUUACGUAGUGAUCUGGUUUUGUUUUCUGUGUACUUCCCGUGAUCGAUCUGAAGGUUUCGAGUACUUGUGUAAUUUGGAGCUGCAGUGUCAAUCUGAAAUUAGCGAACCGUUUGCUUUCCAAAUUUCUUGUUUUGUUUUGUUUACAAGGUAGAAGCAGUGAAGCACGUUCGUAGGCAAACCUGUGCAUACACAGUCAUGA